AUGGCUUCGUGGCGCGCACGUUCGGGGAUGCGGGUGAUCGGUUGUAUAGUUUGGACUGCGCUGAUCCUUCUUGACGUCGGCUCAGCUAAGGCUUUGAAAACUCAAGCCACUGAAUCAUCCUCUACUGGGAAUGUAAAACAGUGCGAACCAAAGCCUGAGCCAAAUACUAUGGAAACCGUCACAAUGGAGCCUCAGGUCACGGAAAUCAAGUUUCAAUGCGGGACAAACGGUGCUCCAGUUCUCGAGCCCCAGCACACCAAGGCCAACUCCUUUUAUGAGACGCAAGAGUGCUCAGGAACAAUGUUGCAGCUUGAUACGGUCCGCAGUGGCGCGGGCUUAUCCGCUUCGAGCGACGGCGGUACUUCUCCAACGUACACGCUCACUAUUCCUUCGGACAACCGCACUGCAAAGAAACUGUAUUACAAGUGCUCUCUCACCGACCAGGUCCGUCCCGAAGUGGUGACAUUUGAGGAAGAGGAGAAAAAGCCUCUAGUAAAGACAAAAUCAUGUGUGUUAGAGAUUAAUGUGAAGACGUCCACUUCCACCUCACCCCCGCCAGAGCCGAUUUUUCCUGGCAAUGGACAGACUGGCAACUCAGGGAACGACACCUCCGUCGAUCUUGUCCCGUCCUGCGACCCAGAGAAAAGCGACAAAAGCUAUAUUUUUCUCACCGUAGAACCGGAAACGCCCAGCGUCACCUUCGCGUGUGGCGCCAAGAACAAGACGAAGCUUUCGCCCACACCCGGCUCGAACAGCGUUUUCAUCGACGAUUCAUGCUCAGAACAGAAGCUGCUGUCCGGAGUGUGCAGUGGAGCUACACUCAAGGAACAUGAAUCUGGGGAGUCGACUCGAUACACGAUCGAGUUCUCUUCGAAACCGGAACAAGACCGGGACCUGUACUACCAGUGUCGUGUUCGACAGGAAACUCGCCAAAAUCAGGGGGAGACAGAGCUAGAAACCCCAAAUGGCAAGACAUGCAGGGUUAAAAUCACCGUCAAAGCGAAAGAAGGUUCAACACCAUCGACGGCGUACCGGGGGUCAGUCUCAUCCUGUUUCAUGGGCAGCGCCCUGUUGGGAUUUUUUUACGCCUAG